AUGUUCUUCGGCAGUGCACACACAGAAAACGACACGGAGGUUCUCCUCCAAUUCAUCCAGGAGAACCCCCUCGGAAUGCUGAUCACGGGCAUGGACUGCUCCUCCCAGGACUUCCUCCAAUGCACCCACGUGCCAUUCGUGCUAGACCUCCCCAACACCUCCGCCAACCAAUCUCCCACCCCGAAACUGCGCGCCCACAUUGCGAAACAGAACCCCCAAGUGAAAGCCAUCCUCGAAUCCGCAAACAACUCACCAUCAGAAACAAUAUCUCUUAACCGCGACGUGCUCGUCGUCUUUAACGGACGACAUGACCACUACGUGACCCCCAAAUUCUACACCGAGACCAAACCUGACACGGGCAAAGUGGUGCCGACGUGGAACUACUCCGCCGUGCAGAUCUACGGGAAGCUUUCCAUGUACUAUGAUUCCAAGACCCCAGAGGCAGGGGCCUUUCUGGCGAAGCAGAUGCAUGAUCUGUCAGAGCAGUGCGAGACGCGGAUCAUGGGGAUCACUGGUGGAGACCGACCGGAGCCGUGGAAGGUGAAGGAUGCGCCGGAGCGGUAUCUUGAAAUAAUGCAGAGGAAUGUGGUAGGGAUCAAGAUUGAGAUCGGGAAGAUCGAGGGGAAGUUUAAGAUGAGUCAGGAAAUGAGACUGGGGGACCGGAACGGCGUGGUGAAGGGGUUUGCAGACUUGGGAGGGGAGACGGGCCAGGCUAUCUCGGCUCUGGUCCAGGAGCAAGAGACGAUCCCAGAGCUAGCCGGGAAUCAAAAGCUGGCCAUCCAAACCGAGCCAGAUGUCCCCGGUAUAGGAAGCAUUGAUAUAAUCAAAUCUUUGCAAAUCACUGAGAGAGAUGUGUUCUACUCAACAUACUGGGAGGAUAACUGCCUAACGGCCUUACAUCCAGUCUUCCACUCGGUCACCCUAUUAACCGCUGACCAUCCCAUCCUGAACGACGCCAUCCUAGCCCUAUCCUCCUGCAACAUUGCCCGUCUCCAUAGUGAACGCAGAGAACCAUCGACGGAGCUGACGGGACGAUUGAGUCCCAGCCUCGUGCACCAAACAAGGAGCCAUCUGUACUAUUCUUCUGCGAUCCGAAAACUUGCCGCAAUGCAACCAUUGGACUACAGUCAAAACUCAACAGUGGUUCUAACCGUCCUUGUUCUAUUCGCCCACCUUGAACAGGCGAUGGGAAAUUUCAAGGGCUUUUACUGCCAUGUCCAAGGGACGAUGGAUCUUCUCGAAUGGCAUGACAGCGUCGGCGACAUGGCCAUCAAGUCGCUGCUCACUUCAUGGAUGCAAAUCCGGUACGUCGUCUGGUGGGCUCGCGCAUAUUUCAGCUCCCUGGAUAUCCAUCUGCGACUUCCGUCGAUUCAUCUGCCCCUCUCGCUGGCAGGAGUGCGAGGGCCUCAAACUCUCCACGAGCGCCGUGUGAAGGUCCUCAGCAUCAUGUGUGAGUCACAUCGACUGAACUUCAAGACCGUGCUUCGGCAUUUCAGGGACCUGGGAUCCACCAAGGAGAGGGUUGAUGAGUCCGACGAGAGCGACGCUGAUUGCACCACCCUUCUGCAUCAAGAGGCAGCGAGACUAGACGAAUGGAUCCGACAUCUUCCACCAUCCGAGGAGCCACUCUACAGACACAAUGACAUGGGCAGACCCACAAUAAGCUUCCAGUCUCACGAUGCAGCGCUCAACUACGCAUACUAUGUAGUAGCGCGUAUCAUGCAGUGCACCGGCUUCUUGAGACUGAUAUGCGAUCCUAGCUCCCCGAACACAGAGCAGGAAUGUCACGAAGAGGAGCUCUGGGUGCAGACAUUGUUGCAGGUUGCACAAGGUAGCAAUAUGCAAACAUCUCUCUCCCGAAAUAGCUAUACCAUUGGGUUCUCAGGCCUACUCCUGGCGGGAAUCUUGCGAUGCCGGAGUCUUCCACUUGGAUUGGAGAUUCAGAACUGGCUGCAAAGAUUAAUGGACCUGCAGCCGACGGAGGAGGGGGCUUUCCCGGUUUAUCAGACCUUAAGUGUCGUCAAAGCGGUCAAUCGACUGAGGAUGGUCGGUCGAGAUGUGGCUGCUGUUACGCAGCCGGUGGAUGAUGGGGGUGGAUCCCCCAAGGUGACUGUCUAUAAUAGCCAGUCUAUUUCCAGCCUUUUCUUCUAUGGAAAAUACCGAAAAGACAAUGCUUAUUUUCAGGAGUGCAUUACCUUGGGCGACUAG